AAUGUAACAAAUCUCAAUCCGCUUCGUUAAAAAACAAAAGAAGACUAAGAAAGCCGCGUUGCGUGGGUCAAUGAGCCGGCUGGACUGACUUUUAAAUUUGCGCUUGCAUAGUUUAUUACCUACGACAACGUUGCUAAGAUGUGGACAAAAUUGUGAGCUUGAUUAAUCAAAGGAUGGGAGUUUAGGUAGAAAGAUUCCAUUCUCAGCUAUAGGUCUCCUUCCCGGUUAGGUCUCCCCUGCUCGUGUUUCCCGAGUUUGAGUCGAUCACCUUUUCACCUAGUCUGUCUAUAUAUAACCUUCUCGAUCGGAGGCCUUCGCCUUAAUCUUCAAUACUUUAAGCAGUUCUGCAAUUUUGCUGUUCGGUUCUGUUCUACUGCUGUAUGACCAGAUGUCGUUGAGCAAUGAGCAGAAGUACGAGGUUUAGGUACCUCCUGGAGAUCUGAAAUUCAUGCAAGAAACCACCGGACAUCCAACAGAGACAACACAGCGUAGCAGAUAAGACAGUUGUUCAAGUCUUUAACGCUGAUCUAGAAAAUUGGAAGAUGGAACUCUCAGGGGUACAGAGAAAACUGGUUUCAGAAUUUACUUUGCUGUAUGAGGCCGUCACAGGAGUGGAGGACAAUAUUAAGAUGUUUAGAACCGUCAUCGAGGAUCUAAAACUCACGCUGGACUCCUUGCAACCAUUGGUCAAAGAGAAUGUACAGCAUGACAUAGCUCAUCAGUUAGAAGAGAAGUUAAAAAUAUUUCCCAAAAAAAUGCAAGAUGGUGUAGAGCUAGUUCGCAAGUGCUCGAACCUAAGUGUCUGGUCGACCUACAAAAAAUAUUAUUACUGCCGCAAACUUAUUUCAUUGGAAAAAUAUCUUCGAGAUCUGGUAGAUAUACUGAGAAUUCAGGCAAUGAUUGAUGCAGCGAAACCUUGGACUUCAGUAAACAAUACAGAAGCUACGAUGGUGAAGGAAAUGACCAAUAGGAUGGUGAAGGAAAUGACCUAUAGGAAUAGAGAACCUGAACUCCCAUAUUUUACGGUUGGGUUAGAUGAGCCUUUAAAGGAAGUGAAGAAGAAGCUUCUUUCGGAAGAUAAGUCAGUGCUUGUCCUCACUGGUGCUGGAGGAUGUGGAAAAACGACCAUGGCAACAACCAUUUAUUUUGAUGCCAAAAUCAAAGAGAUAUUCAAGGACAAUAUUUUCUUUAUCACCGUUGGAAAAAGACCGAGUAUGAGCUCGAUGUUACAACAACUAAAUCAACGAGCGAGUUCCACGGCACCACCAUUUUUCCCGGAUGAAGUAAGUGAAGUUACGUUCUUGCAGACAUUGCUAAAGGAAGUAGGGCAGAAUUUGCUGUUGAUCUUCGAUGAUGUUUGGCCUGAAUCACAAUCACUUAUUGAAAAAAUUUUCCUAAAAGGAAAGGAAAAAAUGCUGAAUUAUAAAAUUUUGGUGACAUCCAGAUAUCAAUUUCCACUAUUAGGUUCGUCAUAUCACAUAAAUUUAUUGAACGGUGAAGAUUCCAUGACUCUUUUGUGUCAUUCAGCAUUUCCAGACAUGAGCAUCAAUGUUCCGGUUGAUCUUUUGAGAGAGAUAGUAAAGCACUGCAGGGGACAUCCACUUACCAUUUUAGUGGUAGGAAGAUCGCUUUGUGGGAAGCCUAUAGAGAUCUGGCGGAACACACUAUUCAAAUGGUCUAAAGGUUAUUCGAUUCUGGAUUAUGAGAAUGAUUUGCUGUUUAGUGUACUCCAAAGCAGCUUAGAGGAGUUGGGUAAAGAAAACAGUAUCCUCCUAGAAUCUUUCCUUGAUCUUACUUCAUUCCCUGAUGACCAAGCAAUCCAUGUCCCCGUCAUCUUUGAUAUCUGGGCACAGCUCUAUAAUCUGUGUGAAGACAGUAUGUGCAAUGAGAACCUUUAUAAGCUCACCACCCGCAGUUUGGUAGAUGUUGUAGUGAGAAGGAACGUGGAGGAGGACUACAGUGAACAUUUUGUUACCCAGCAUGAUAUACUUAGAAGCCUAGCAAUCCAUCAUACUGGACAUGACCCUGUACUAAGCAAAAGACUGAGUAUAGACAUACGUGGAGACACUCCUCCCAAAUGGUGGACAGAAGUCACAGAAAAGAUGGAAAAACCGAAGAAAGUUUCAUUAUUAUCUAUCUCAACAGAUGAGGCGUUCUCCACAGAAUGGCCCAUCAUGCAACUACCAGUAGCUGAGGUUCUGGUUCUGAAUUUACGGACAAAGAAAUAUGACUUACCCAAGUUCAUCAGGGACAUGCACAAAUCGUUGAAGGUUCUAAUAGUCCAAAAUUAUGGGUCCGUAACUGCUGAAAUAAGUCAUUUUCACCGGUUGAGUUCGUUGUCAAAUCUGAAAACACUCAGAAUGCACGGCAUUUCAGUUCCUCCUCUUACUAAGAACACUAUAUACUUGAAGAGUCUCCAAAAAAUUUCUUUUUUUAUGUGUAACAUCAGUCAAGCUUUCGGGAAGGACGCCAUCCGAAUUUCGCGUGCAUUGCCGCUUGUAGUGGAAAUAAACAUCGACUAUUGCAGAGAUUUGCUAGAGUUGCAGGACGACAUAUGUAAUCUUGUUCACCUAAAGAAGCUCAGUAUCACCAAUUGCCAUCGGUUAUCUGCCUUACCUGAAAAACUUGGGAAGUUGACCAAUUUGGAAGUGUUGAGUCUAAGAUCAUGCUGUGAUUUGGUAAAAUUGCCAAGCACCAUUGGUAACCUAAAGAAGUUAAACUUUCUUGACAUAUCCCAUUGCUUCAGCAUUAAGGAGUUGCCCGAAGGAAUUGGUGCAUUGAGCAGUUUAAGAAAGCUGAACAUGAGAGAGUGCUCGAGAUUGCAAGAGUUGCCGGAAUCAGUUUCAGACCUCGAGGAGUUGGAGGUUGUGAUAUGUGACAAAUAUACAAAAAAUUUGUGGGAGCUUUUCACACUCAGAAGCACGGAGAUAAGGGUGGUGAAAGAACAAUUCGACCUACAAUGGCUCCAGAGGCUUCAGUUGUGAUGGAGCUGACUUUCCAUAUACUACACGUUUCUAGACAAAUUGGUUCAGAAAUCCAGAUUCCUUGUUAUUAUUGUGAUUCAAAUUUACUGUGUGAGUUGAGAGGGUGUACAAGGAAUUAAGGGUUUGAGUUGUAAACUUGAGUGAAUAUCUUUGUUCUCAUUAUUCUUAAUAUAUAGUAAAGAAAGAUUGAAGUACGCCCCGUGGAUUGAUGUACUCAAGGAGUGAGGGAACCAUGUUAAAUCUUGUGUUGUUAAGUGUGUUUGUGUUUCUAUAUUAUAGUUGCAUU